CUCGUCGUGUCGAAGGGAGACAAGAGCGAAACAACGAAGCGACCGCCGAGUGAAACUUCUUUCGUAGCCUUGCGUUCUUCGUUGAGCCGCUCAAAAUGGGGCAGACGCGUGCGACGCGCGAUUCCUUCCUCUGGGCAAUGUCUGUAGUAUAUCUGAGCGCGUUCGCAUCCAUCUAUCAUCAAAUGCCCGGACUCUAUGGGGACCAUGGAGUUAUGCCAGUGAGAUCGGUGAUUCCUAUAGACAGCCACACCAAACCAGUGCAAGAAUUGGCCAAACGAGCUGCCGAGAGGCCCUCCUUGAUAUGGCUGGCUCCAAACUUUGGCCUCAAGGUGGCCACCAUGGCCGAGUUUCUAGCAUUUCUUGGCAUUGUCAUGUCCUUCAUGGCCUGCGUGUCGGCACGCUUCAGGGACUGCAUCAACUUCGCACUUCUUUGGAUACUGUACUUUUCAAUUUACCAGGUUGGCCAAGUGUUCAUGUGGUUUCAAUGGGACAUCCUGCUGCUGGAAGCCGGCUUCCUGUGCGUACUGGUUGCUCCACUGGGCAUCCUCCAUCGGACUCUGGGGCUCAGCUCAAGUUGGCGUCUGCCACACCGGCCACAUGAUGAGAUCACUCUGUGGCUGGUGCGCUGGCUCCUGUUCCGGCUCAUGUUUGCCUCCGGGGUGGUGAAACUGACUAGCGGCUGCCCCACCUGGUGGGGUCUCACAGCACUCAAUCACCACUUCGAAAGCCAGUGCAUUCCGACACCCAUUGCGUGGUACUUCCACCACCUGCCCAGCUGGAUGCUCCGGCUGGGGGUGGUCUUCACAUUUGUGGUUGAAAUCGCCAUUCCUCCCUUGUUCUUUGCCCCCGUGCGUGCUCUGAGGAUCUUCAGCUUCUACAGCCAGGUUUUUUUGCAGAUAUUGAUAAUUGCGACGGGCAAUUACAACUUUUUCAACCUGCUUACUAUAACAUUGUGCGUGUCACUGGCCGAUGACGCGCUGUUUCUUGGCAAUGCUAGGAGGGUCACUACAGGCAAGUACACCCACUUGCGCUCUCUGUCAGGCGUUCUGGCUAAGGCUGUUACAUGGCUGGUGUAUGGUGGUCUUGCUUACGGAACCAUCAAGUUUUUCCGCCUGCAGCUCGAUGAUAACUGGACGGUGCAGUCAAAAGUCGCCUUCAGCAAUGCAAAGUUUGACGAGUUCCUUGGCACAGCCGUGCCCCUCAUGGUGUGGGUCGGAAGUGCCUCUCUGGCUUACCACAUUCUGAUCGCUCUGUACAGGUCAGUUGCGAAAGAAAGGGGUAUCCUGAGCAAGAUCUUCUCGACCUUGGGCACCAUUUUCUUAGGGACGGCUGCAGUGUGGGUCUUCUGCAUUUCUCUGGUCCCAUUCUCGGAACUGGACCGCGGGCUGAACAGGAAACUGUGGCCCACAGUGCGGCGCUGGCAUUACAAGGUUGAGCCUUUCCACCUGACAAGCUCAUAUGGCCUCUUCAGACGCAUGACAGGUGUCGGAGGGCGACCAGAGUUGGUCCUGGAGGGAAGUGACGACGCAAAUGGCCCAUGGGUGGAGCUGCCGUUCCUGUACAAGCCAGGGGACGUGUAUCGCCCACCACCAAUUAUUAUUCCACACCAGCCCAGGCUUGAUUGGCAGAUGUGGUUUGCCGCAUUGGGUGACUACAGACAAAACCCCUGGUUGCUCAGCUUGAUUUACCGUUUGCUCAACAAUGAUGCAGCAGCACUGCGCUUGAUGAACAUGGAGCGGUACCCCUUCAGCCGCCACCCACCCAAGUACAUUCGCGCCUUGCUGUACAAGUACUGGUUUACCAAAAUGGACUCCAACAGUGGGCGUGGCUGGUGGUACCGCAGCAGUCCCAAGGAGUACCUUCCCCCAGUCCACAAGACGCAGCCUUUCCUCAGGAAGUUCCUCCAAGAGAAUGGCUUACCAGUGGACACGCCCAAAACAAAGUCUACGAACAAGUACCUUAUAUACAUCCUGAAGCACUCGAGAAAGUUUGCAGAGAGUAUGUCGCCAACAUUGUACAUCUGGUCACUCAUCUCCACCUCGCUGGUGCUCAAUGCCGUUCGAGGCAUGUUUUGAUCCAAUCUGUCCGACGCGCCAAUUCCAGUAUAUCUCCCAAUUCUUGGAAGGCGCAGGAGUUUCACAGAUCUGCGCACUGGCGGGAAACUAAACACAUUUCCUUUAGUGCUUGGACACUGUGUAAAAUAUUUGUUGAACUGGUGAAGUGUUUGACAACUAGUCUACACUGUUCAGAAAUGUUUCCUGUCCCAAUGUUCAGAUUUAUGUGUGGCCUAAUAACAUGUCCAAAUUUUCUCAAUUAUGCUUUGUAGUCUUGAACUUUACCAGUGGCAGCAAGCCCGUUUGCUUUGUCCCUGGCAUGAUUCGGCAGGCUGAGCCUAAGCUGUUUAAUGAUAACUG